AUGGAAAGACAGAUCACUAUUAAAUUAUCAACCGAAGAUUCAUUAAAAUUAACUAUUUUAGAUACCACCACAGUAGAUGAUUUGAUAUCAUUAAUCAAAACAAGUUCAGAUUUAACUAACUUCAAAUUAAUUAAUCAAGGAAAGAAGUUAACCUCACAAGACUCCUUAUCAGAUAUAGACGAUUUGAUAUUGAUGAAGGAAGAAUCGAAAAAAUCCAAGAAGAAAUGUUAUUUCAAGAACUGUAAUGUCAACUAUCUCAAAUUAGUGGGUGACUGUCAAUAUUGUCAAGGUAAAUACUGUCAUAAACAUAGAUUAUUAGAGAAUCAUGAUUGUAACUAUUUGAACCAAUAUAAAUUAUUAGAACAUCAAAAGAAUGCUAUUAAAUUAGAGAACGAGAGAACCAUCAGUUCAAGGGUUUAA